GCCCCAGCGCCUGCUCACUCGGAGGAGCGCGCCUCGGGACCUCUGCCGGCGAAACCCCAGGCUUUGGUGGCGGCUUCCCAAACUAAUCCUUCGUGGUCGGGUGCAGGAGCACUUAGGGACAAAACUGCUCCGCCUUCUGUGCUCUCCGCCCUGCAUUCCUACGACCCGUAGGCAAAUCUAGGGCGGCAAAUACUAGCGUUUCCUUUGCGUCACUGCCCGGUGGUUUUCGGGCUGACUGGGGCCUGGACCGGGCGAGACGCCGCCGUUGGCCGGAUGUUGCGAUGGCUGAUCGGGGGAGGCCGCGAACCUCAGGGACUGGCCGAGAAAUCUCCAUUACAGACAAUAGGUGAAGAACAAACCCAGAACCCCUACACUGAGCUGCUUGUACUGAAAGCUCAUCAUGAUAUUGUACGAUUUCUCGUACAGUUAGAUGACUACAGAUUUGCAUCUGCUGGUGAUGAUGGAAUUGUAGUCAUUUGGAAUGCCCAGACAGGAGAAAAGCUUUUGGAACUCAGUGGGCACACUCAAAAGAUAACAGCUAUUAUUACAUUUCCUUCCUUGGAAUCUUGUGAAGAAAAAAAUCAACUCAUCUUGACAGCCUCUGCUGAUCGAACAGUUAUUGUAUGGGAUUGUGAUACUGGCAGACAAGUUCAGAGAGUAUCAUGUUUCCAGUCUACUGUAAAGUGUUUGACCGUUCUUAAGAGACUAGAUAUUUGGCUCUCUGGUGGGAAUGACUUAUGUGUGUGGAACCGAAAAUUAGAUCUCCUGUGUAAGACCAGCCACCUUUCUGAUACAGGUAUCAGUGCUUUGGUAGAAAUACCUAAGAACUGUGUCAUAGCAGCAGUUGGCAAAGAACUGAUAAUUUUCAGGUUAGUAGCACCCACAGAAGGAUCACUGGAAUGGGAAAUUAUUGAAGUUAAGCGCCUCCUUGACCACCAGGAUAAUAUUCUCUCAUUGGUUAAUGUCAAUGAUAAGAGUUUUGUCACAGGCUCCCAUGUUGGAGAGCUGAUCAUCUGGGAUGUCCUUGACUGGACCAUGCAGGCUUAUGAACGCAACUUCUGGGACCCAUCUCCACAACUGGACACCCAGCAAGAAAUAAAACUCUGUCAAAAACAAAAUGACAUUUCUAUUCAUCAUUUCACAUGUGAUGAAGAGAAUGUAUUUGCUGCAGUUGGAAGAGGUUUAUAUGUGUAUAACCUUCAAAUGAAGCGUGUGAUUGCCUGCCAGAAAACUGCACAUGACUCCAAUGUCCUGCACAUUGCCAAACUUCCAAACAGGCAGUUAAUCUCAUGCUCAGAAGAUGGCAGUGUACGCAUUUGGGAGUUAAGAGAAAAACAGCAGCUCACAGCUGAACCUGUACCAACAGGUUUUUUUAAUAUGUGGGGAUUUGGAAGAGUGAACAAACAAGCCAGCCAACCUGUUAAAAAGCAACAAGAAAAUGCCACUUUGUGUUCACUGGAGCUCAUUGGCGAUUUGAUUGGACACUCAUCCUCUGUGGAGGUACUGCUUUCGAUGUUUCUGUACUUUGAAGAUCAUGGACUUGUGACUUGCUCUGCUGAUCAUCUCAUUAUUUUGUGGAAAAAUGGAGAGCGAGAAUCUGGAUUGCGCAGUUUAAAAUUAUUUCAGAAAUUAGAGGAGAAUGGUGACUUAUACCUCGCUGUCUAGUCUAAGGAUCUGGGGAUACCUGUGCAUGAACUUGAACAUCAAAUACAGAGUAAUACUCUGAAAAAUAUUAAUGUAUUGAUUACAUAAAUUUGUAUUUUUUUCCCUGUUGAUCCA